UACCCUACCCUCCCCUCCUCCCCAAACCCCCACUCCUCUCGUCACAUCAGCAUUCACUGAGAGAGUAAUAAGUUCGAUUCUCUGCAGACCCCUAUUCAAGGUUCCAUGCUAUACGCACGCUCCAGAUCAACAACAGACUAUUCUCAGAGUGAACCACUCGACGACAGACCUGAAAGAAGACAGUGGAGAGGAAUAAUUUGAUGGUCAUUUUUCGUAUUUGGUGCAGAAAUAGAGGGCUUCUCCGCACCAUAACGCAUUGCAGGAUGGGAGGCUGGAGUCGUAGCAAUCAGGAGGGAUUCUCCGAAUAGUUGACAAAUCCCACACCCGGACAGAGAGAACUAUCUUCGGAAUUAUGAUGUCUCAAUGGCCUUAAAAGUUUUAAUACUAUAGGCCUACCAGAAAACGAUACUUCUCUACUUCCCGAUGCUGAGGGAAAGACUUCGUCUGCUAGAAAUGCCGUAACCGACCAUUAACAGUUGCACCACCUGCACUUACGGCUCCGACAGUCUGAAUUACAAGGUAGCCGACUUUUCAUUGAUGACAAGGCGGAGCGGAAAUGAUGAAAUUCGGUAUAAUCAUUUGCUUCUUUGGAACAGCAACCCAUGCAGCCUACUUCUCCCAGCAGCCCAAGGAUGAGAUUGUGGUUGCGGGUCAGUCUGUGACCCUGCCGUGUGUCAUAGUUGGAUAUCAAGGCAUGGUGCAGUGGACCAAAGAUGGACUGGCCCUCGGUGGGGAGCGAGAUCUGCCUGGGUGGACGAGAUAUUCCCUAAUGGGUGAGCCACUGCUUGGAGAGCACAGUCUGUCCAUUUACUCAGCGGAGCUGGCUGACGAUGCGAUUUACGAGUGUCAGGCCACACAGGCUGCAUUGCGCUCCCAUCAGGCAAAACUCACCGUCAUAGUGCCACCAGCCGACCCUGUAGUAGAAGGAGCCCCUCUGCUCAGACUGAAGGCCCACACUCCAUACAACCUGACCUGUCAGGCCUCGGGGGCGAAACCUGCUGCAGAGAUCACAUGGUACCGGGAUGGAGAAAUCCAGCACACCUCAUUUUAUUCAAAGACGCUCAUGGAUGAUGGAAAAAGGGAGUUAGCAGUUAGCCUACUACCCAUCACUCCAGAGGACAAGGAUUCGGGACGCACCUAUACCUGCCGUGUGUUGAACUCCGCUGCUCCGGCCGGACGACAGACCUCGGUUGCAAUCAGUGUUCAGCACCCCCCAUCGGUGACGUUGUCUGUCCAACCACAGACGGUGUUAGAGGGAUCGAAAGUUAUAUUCAUCUGCUCUGGAUCAGCUCAUCCUGAAAUCACUGGAUACAGAUGGUCGAAAGCAGGCAUUCCCAUUUCUGAGGCUAAUGGAGACAGCCUGGAGGUGACGGUGGAUCACUCCUUCUUCACGGAUCCAGUCUCCUGUGAAGUGUCCAACUCCGUUGGCAGCACUAAUGUCAGCACCCUGGUGGAUGUGCACUUUGGCCCGCGGCUGCUCUCGGAGCCGAGGCCCGUGACUGUGGACGUGGGACUGGAGGCAGCCUUCACGUGCUCAUGGACUGGGAAUCCCCCUCUCACCAUUGCCUGGACCAGACGAGGAUCCAGUGUGGUCCUCAGUAAUAGUAAGACCCUGCAUUUGAAGUCAGUCACUCAGGAAGAUGCAGGCAUUUACACCUGCAAGGCCAUAGUCCCCCGUAUUGGUGUGGCUGAGACAGACGUCACCCUCACUGUUAACGGCCCACCUAUUAUCAUGGCUGAUGCCAUACAGCGUGCUGUGAGGCACACUAAGGGCAAGCUGGAGUGCUUGGUGAGAAACAGUCCCCCACCAGAAAGAAUCGUUUGGACAUUUGGGGAUAUGAGUCUUGGCUCAGGCUCCUUUGAGCGUUUCUCGGUACAGAUAUUGAACAGGCCAACUGGGGUUCUCUCCACACUGGUCUUGGCAGAGACCCUUGCCACAGAUUUCCAAAUGCCCUACAACUGCACAGCCUGGAACCGUUUUGGAAUGGACACUGCAAUGGUCACUCUCAAGGAGCAAGAUGCCUUCCCCAUGGUCCUGAUUAUUGGGGCAUUAGUUGGUGGGGGCUGCGUCCUCCUCAUCUGCUCCGUCAUCCUUCUCUCCGUGUGCUGCAGACACUCUGCCAAAGUCCAAAUGAGUACACAACUUACCAAAAGUGACAUCAGAGUCCAGAUGGCACACAAUGAUGACGCCAACUCCCGAGUGAAUGACGAUGUGAAGGAGCCCACCGCUCCACUCAGCAGUGAAUCUCCUGGCACAUCUCACACUGAGCACAGUGAUCUACUGGAUGAGGAUGAAGAUGGAUUUGACUUAAAGGACCCUACGAAUGGUUAUUACAAUGUCCGGGAUCACGAUGACAUCAAAAUUCACAGCAACAACUUUUCUGAGUACACCUCCACCCUGCAACCUGUCUACAUUGCCACGCAGUCACAACCAACCAGUGUGAUGUAUGGCCAGCAAGACCCCAUUGACUACUCUCGUCAAUGUGCCACCCCCGUUGGCACACACACAGACUAUAGACAGGUGACUCGUCAAUGUUCUACCCCCGUUGGCACACACACAGACUAUAGACAAGUGACUCGUCAAUGUUCUACCCCCGUUGGCACAAACACAGACUAUAGACAGGUGACUCGUCAAUGUGCCACCCCUGAAGGCACACACACAGACUACAGACAGGUGACUCGUCAAUGUUCCACCCCUGUUGGCACAAACACAGACUGUAGGCAGGGGUCUCGUCAAUGUUCCACCCCUGUUGGCACAAACACAGACUGUAGGCAGGGGCCUGUGCAGCAGACGGAGAAGAACACAGAGUCUGAUGUCUAUCUUACUGACCCCCUUUGCGCUGGUUCAACUUUCCUUCCGGCCACAUAUGGGCGAGCUUUCACUAGCUACAUGAAGCCCAACAUUUCCUAUGAGAAAAUGGAUGCCGACGAACAAUCUGACCAAGCCAGCAAAGUUUCCAGCUCUUCACACCUCUCUUAUGCUUCCUCUCAAGUUUCCUCCCAGCAGUCUGACUCUAGUAGGCCAUCACAACAGCACCAGCGCAUGCAAACACACGUGUGACUUUCAUCACAACAGCACCAGCGCAUGCAAACACACGUGUGUGACUUUCAUCCUCUACAUAUGAGUGUGUGGAAGAAGUUGCAGUUGACUGAAGAGAAUGUUAUCCUUAAUUUGGCAUGCAAUCCAGGGAUUAUGUCAAUAUGUAAACAUACUGUAACAUUUAUUUUGAAAUGGAUUCAAAUUGAGACAACAGACAACAAAAUACUUGAUGGAAGAGAACUUGCAGCACUUUGAACAUUGUUCUAGAAAGAAUCCACAAAGAGGAUGAAAGUGGUGAUCCAUACCUGUUGUAUGUGUCAUGAACUAUCAGCACCUUGUUCACCAAUGCAACAAAAAAAAAGGUUGUCAGUUUCAUUAAACCAUUUUGACUGUAUAGAUGACUAUAGAUGACUGUAUAGUGUGUCUUGAAUGUAUCAAUUAUAGCUGAUAACCAUGUCAACAUUACCCGGUUUCACUGCAAAAUUGAUCAGACAUAAUUGAUCAGACUACUAGGCUACGUCUGGGCCUAGGCUAGACUCCUAGGCUAUGUCUGUGAACGUAACGUUAACUGUGAGCAUACUAAUGUCCAGCGGCUGACAAUUUACUUAAUUUCUGCCUAGAUAGGCUGUAAUAUAAGGAGACAUGAACGGGGCGGACUGACAUGUGAAAAUUGGCUAAUACUGGAGUAUCCAAGAAAGGGAGAUCUGGUCACCCAAAACAAAUGAGUUCCAUUACCAGAUUGCCUGUCAAUACAUUUAAUCACCAAGGACUGUUACAGAGCUUAAUGUUGAUUCCACGCACAGAUCAAUUGACCACGGAAAUGUUCAACUUCAUCAUAAUAUAUUUUGAACUCUGGGUGAAUGAGUGGCCUGUGAAACAAUUCGCUCUCAUACACACUAAUCCAUUAUUAUCAAGUGGAACAGUGUAAAUGUAGAAAGUGCAUUUUAUUCAUUAUAAUUUAUAUAAAUAUUUGUGCUUCAGUAUCUAUCGUAUUUUUAUUUGUGUUAUUUUGUACAUACAAAUGUUUUUAUUUUUAUUUUAUUUGGUUGUAUUUUUUUUUUCCUGUACUCAUUCUGUCCUGUAUUUUCCAGACUAUAAAUCGCACCGUAUAUAAACCGUAUUACAGUAUUUUCUGUUAUUUUAUUAAACAAACCCGUGUAUUGAC